UCCCUCCCUCUCUCGCCCUCCCAGCGAGCCGCCGUUCACUUACCUCCUCCCUUCCUUCUUUCUCCCUCCGCCACCCGAGCACCAGCCGCGCUCUGAGCUGCCCCCGGGGUCCCUCCCCCGCCGCUAGAGGAGCAGCUGCCGCCGCCGCCAGCAGCAAAUUAGGAGGGAGGCAGGAAGGAGCGGAAGGAAGGGAGCCGGUGCGACUACCAAGAGGGAGCCGGUGAAUGGGCUUGUGGUGACCCCCGCCCCCCACCCCACCCUCCCUUCCCACCCGACCCCCAACCCCCAUCCCCAGUCAGAGCCGCCGCCCGAGAGUCCGGACCGUCGUCUUCAGAGGAGUCGCCACCACCCCCUCCGCCAUGGAGCUGAUCACCAUCCUCGAGAAGACCGUGUCUCCCGAUCGGCUGGAACUGGAGGCGGCGCAGAAGUUCCUGGAGCGUGCGGCCGUGGAGAACCUGCCCACUUUCCUUGUGGAACUGUCCAGAGUGCUGGCAAACCCAGGAAACAGUCAGGUUGCCAGAGUUGCAGCUGGUCUACAAAUCAAGAACUCUCUGACAUCUAAAGAUCCAGAUAUCAAGACACAAUAUCAGCAGAGGUGGCUUGCUAUUGAUGCUAAUGCACGAAGGGAAGUCAAGAAUUAUGUUUUGCAGACUUUGGGCACAGAAACUUACAGGCCUAGUUCCGCCUCCCAGUGUGUGGCUGGUAUUGCUUGUGCAGAGAUCCCAGUGAACCAGUGGCCUGAACUCAUCCCUCAGCUGGUGGCCAAUGUCACGAACCCCAACAGCACAGAGCACAUGAAAGAGUCAACUUUGGAAGCAAUCGGUUACAUUUGCCAAGAUAUAGACCCAGAGCAGCUACAGGAUAAAUCCAAUGAGAUUCUGACUGCCAUAAUCCAGGGGAUGAGGAAAGAAGAGCCUAGUAAUAAUGUGAAGCUCGCAGCCACGAAUGCACUCCUGAACUCACUGGAGUUCACCAAAGCAAACUUUGACAAAGAGUCUGAAAGGCACUUUAUUAUGCAGGUGGUCUGUGAAGCCACACAGUGUCCAGAUACAAGGGUACGAGUGGCUGCCUUACAGAAUCUGGUGAAGAUAAUGUCCUUGUAUUAUCAGUACAUGGAGACAUACAUGGGUCCUGCCCUUUUUGCGAUCACAAUUGAAGCAAUGAAAAGUGACAUUGAUGAGGUGGCCCUACAAGGGAUAGAAUUCUGGUCCAAUGUUUGUGAUGAGGAAAUGGAUUUGGCCAUUGAGGCUUCAGAGGCAGCAGAACAAGGUCGGCCCCCUGAGCACACCAGCAAGUUUUAUGCCAAGGGAGCACUGCAGUACCUGGUUCCAAUCCUCACACAAACAGUAACUAAACAGGACGAAAAUGAUGAUGACGAUGACUGGAACCCCUGCAAAGCAGCGGGCGUGUGCCUCAUGCUUCUGGCCACCUGCUGUGAAGAUGACAUUGUCCCACAUGUCCUCCCCUUCAUUAAAGAACACAUUAAGAACCCCGACUGGAGGUACCGGGAUGCAGCAGUGAUGGCUUUUGGCUGUAUCUUGGAAGGACCAGAGCCCAAUCAGCUCAAACCACUAGUUAUACAGGCUAUGCCCACCCUAAUAGAACUAAUGAAAGACCCCAGUGUAGUUGUUCGGGAUACAACUGCGUGGACUGUAGGCAGAAUUUGUGAGCUGCUCCCUGAAGCUGCCAUCAAUGAUGUCUACUUGACUCCCCUGCUGCAAUGUCUGAUUGAAGGCCUCAGUGCUGAACCCAGAGUUGCUUCAAAUGUCUGCUGGGCUUUCUCCAGUCUGGCUGAAGCUGCUUAUGAAGCUGCUGACGUAGCUGAUGAUCAGGAAGAACCAGCUACCUAUUGCUUAUCAUCUUCUUUUGAGCUGAUAGUUCAAAAGCUUCUGGAGACCACAGACAGACCAGAUGGACACCAGAACAACCUGAGGAGUUCUGCAUAUGAAUCGCUGAUGGAAAUUGUGAAAAACAGUGCCAAGGACUGUUACCCUGCAGUUCAGAAAACUACUCUGGUCAUCAUGGAACGACUGCAGCAGGUGCUUCAGAUGGAGUCACAUAUCCAGAGCACAUCGGAUAGGAUCCAGUUCAAUGACCUUCAGUCUUUACUCUGCGCGACUCUUCAGAAUGUUCUCCGGAAAGUUCAACAUCAAGAUGCUUUGCAGAUCUCUGAUGUGGUCAUGGCCUCCCUGUUGAGGAUGUUCCAAAGCACAGCUGGGUCAGGGGUAGUGCAAGAGGAUGCCCUAAUGGCAGUUAGCACACUGGUGGAAGUACUGGGUGGUGAAUUUUUAAAGUACAUGGAGGCCUUCAAACCCUUCCUGGGCAUUGGAUUAAAAAAUUAUGCUGAGUACCAGGUUUGUCUGGCAGCUGUGGGCUUAGUGGGAGACUUAUGUCGUGCUCUACAAUCCAACAUUUUACCUUUCUGUGAUGAGGUGAUGCAACUGCUACUGGAGAACUUGGGGAAUGAGAAUGUCCAUAGGUCUGUGAAGCCACAGAUUCUGUCAGUAUUUGGUGAUAUUGCCCUUGCUAUUGGUGGAGAGUUUAAAAAAUACUUAGAGGUUGUGUUGAAUACUCUUCAGCAGGCCUCCCAAGCCCAGGUAGACAAGUCAGACUAUGACAUGGUGGACUAUCUGAAUGAGCUGAGGGAAGGCUGCCUGGAAGCCUAUACUGGAAUCGUCCAGGGAUUGAAGGGAGACCAGGAAAACGUACACCCGGAUGUGAUGCUGGUUCAACCCAGAGUAGAAUUUAUUCUGUCUUUCAUUGACCACAUUGCUGGAGAUGAAGAUCAUACAGAUGGAGUAGUAGCUUGUGCUGCUGGACUGAUAGGGGAUUUAUGUACAGCGUUUGGGAAGGAUGUACUGAAAUUAGUAGAAGCUAGGCCAAUGAUCCAUGAACUGUUAACUGAAGGACGGAGAUCGAAGACUAGCAAAGCAAAAACCCUUGCUACAUGGGCAACAAAAGAACUGAGGAAACUGAAGAACCAAGCUUGAUCUGUUACCAUUGGGAUGAUAACCUGAGACCCCCACUGGAAAUCUCCAAUCUUUUGAAAAACCCGGAAGUGAGGAGUGUGCACGGAUGCUGAAUGUUUGGGAAUGAGAGGAUGAGUGAAUGAGGCUUGAAAACACACCACAUUGAAAAUCCUGCCACAGCAGCAGCCGCAGCCACCAACAGCAGCGCUGUUAGUGAGCUAAGUAAGCACUGACUUCGUAGAAAACCAUAACAUCGGCCGUCUUGAGAAGGAAAAAUGAUGGAUUUACUUGCUUAAAAAAAAAAAAAAAAAAGAGGAAGGUAUCUCUUCCCAGGAAAGGCUAGAACUAGCUUUUGUCUUUUGGCUGGUGCCAAGUGGAAUGACUGGUUUGGGAAGAGAAGGAGGGACUGGGUUCAGCUGUGGUGCUUUGUUGUAAAAGGCAGCCUGGCCUUUGCUACUGAUAAGGAAGAUGGAGCCUGGGUCUCAAGCCCACCUUUGGUGUACCUUUGCCACACAGUGCUGUAUGCGUGCUGGCUAAAAGGAGGGUGAGGGCUUCUUUACAGUCUGAGAAUGAGUGUGUGUGAGUGAGGCGGUAUCCACAUUCUCAACUUCAAGUCAUUGCAGUUUCUUUUUCCCAGAAAAAAAAGGGGUUGCAUUUCAUAAAACUAACUGAAGUUCUGUCUACUGAUGCAGCACAAGAGAUGUAAAA